GCUCAGUACCCAGCUAUUAUAUCGAAAUCUUGAAGAUAUGUCGUCUUAUUUUGAAAACUUUGAGCCGUCAUGUGUAUGGUUCGAAAUAGGCGAGAAGCGUAAUAUACUCGCGUCUAUGUUGGCUGGAACAUUGUUCUCUGUAGGAUGGUGGUUCAUCAUUGACGCUCAUGCCAAAUAUCCUAGCGAAAUGCCAAGUGCAUACCAUUUAUGUGGAGUAUUUGGAACCCUUUCUCUUUUUAUGGUUAAUUCUGUAACAAAUGCACAAAUAAGAGGUGAGGGAUACAAUGGUGGAUACUUAGGAACUAGAGGUGCAAAAGGUUGGUUAUUCAUUGGAUUUGUAAUGGGAUUUGCUGCAGUAAUUGCAGCCUGUUGGAUUUUGUUUGCAGACUUCGUAGCUGCAGAGGCAAAACAUCAUUGGCCUGGUGUAGGUCUCUUUUUGCAAAACAUAUUUAUUUUUCUGGGAUCCCUUGCAUAUAAAUUUGGAAGGAUUGAAGAACUGUGAAGAUAAACAAUAUUUAAACAUUGUCAAUCUUUUUAUGCUUUGCACAGAAGCUCCUGGUUAUAUCAGACUUUAAAGUGCAAUACUUGAAACCAUGGAGCAAAUGAUUAUAAACA